AGACUGGGUAAAUAGUCAUGCGUUCUUUAUUAAUCCAUUCUUGCUUCCAUUAAUUCAGCGGUGAUGGGACUUUCAGAAACAAUCGAAUUAUCCGGAAGGUAUAAUUAAGGGCAAACGCACCGCUGCCUUAUUUGGGACGAUUUACUUCUAUCGCGGCGCGUCCGCGAAUUUUGAUCGCGCAUCCGUUUCUUAUUGGUUCAAUGUUUGUUUGCCCAAAUUACCGCACACAUGAUUUCAGAAAAUGCGCUUGAAUUUUCGUAAAGGUACGGAAGAUGCGAAUUAAAGCACUUUAAACCGAAACAACUGCUGAAGAGCGCAACAAGCUUAGCAAACGCCCAUGAGUGGCGUGAUUGGGCCGCGUUUUGACGCGUGCCGCACCGUCUGCGCAUGCGUCGGCGCACAGACGCGAGCUUGCACGCGUCCGCAAGCAUACGUGUGGUCUAGCCUUUACGAAGGAACUCAACAUUGAAGCGAAGACUAGUCGGCCCAACGCGUGAUUAUGUCGCGGUAAAUGUUUCACCAGCGCCUGGUUUCACCCGUUUCAUCUAUUCCACCCGCCAACUGCGCUAAAGCCCCUACAUAUAGGGGCUUUAAACUGCGCCAAUAUGUGGCGACCCUAGCGGCGCAUUUCGUAAAAACGUUUUUCCAUUAACUCGUCGGGCCUAGUAUGCCACGGGGGGAAAAGGUUUCGGUUUUGUGAUGUUUUUAUCGCGGCACUUUCGCGACCCCGUGUGAAAACUCCGCAGGCUCGUGCGCUGGCUGGGCUCCAGGAAGAAAGCCGAAGAAGAGGACCAGCGUGCGUCCGCAGCCGCUCUUUUCUUUUUUCAAUCCAGCCAGGCAGCCGACGACGAUCGGCUCGAAGCCCCAGCCGCCCCGUAGGACACUCGCUGGACAGCGGCGACACAGCAGCAGCCACCGCUCGAGAUCGUCGCCUCCGGAGAUUCGGAAGAGCAUCCGCCGACUUCGGCUACGCUAUGGGGGAUACUCGGCUACCAGAGCGUUCGUUAUUCUCGCCACCAACAGCGCAGCGAAACCACUGAGCGGUCGGGUCUGCGAGGAAGGAAGUGGGGACGGAGUGGCUUGCUGCUUACUGGAGCCCGUUGAGGGAGGCCCCAAAGAGAGCGAUGAUUCUUUUAAAGGCCUGAGCACCUGAAGCCAGCAUGUACGACUCUCCAGCAUCCCUGCAAGAAUGCUGCAUCGACUUCAUCUGUGAUAACAUCGAUGCCAUAUGUGAGGUCCAGACAGAUGAACAGCAGCAGGCGGUGCGGUACUCGUUCCGCGACCCGGACGUGUUCUUCCACCGGGAGGUGUCACAGCAGGUGCUCGAGACGCUCAGCGUGCGCGGCCUGCUCAACGACAGCAUCCUGACACUGUUCGACGCGCGCUCUACCCGUCUACAGAGGGUGCGCAUACACAAUGCUGCCAACGUCACCACCAAGGGUCUACGAGUGCUGCGCUCGCACAAGCUGACGGAGCUGGAGGCCACCGGCCUGAGCCGUGUGACGGUCAACGACCUGAUCGGCUGCUUGGGCGACUGGUCGCUGGCCCAUCUGCGCCUGCUCAACGUGGCGCGCACGGCCUUCACCAGCUCCAAGUUCUGUGUCGUGGUGGCGCUGUCCAAGCUGCGCGGACUCACCUCCCUCAACGUCAGUGGCACCGAGUUCAACCGUCACGGCCUUGACAUUGUGGCCCAGGACUUGCCCCUCCUCGAGGCGCUCGACAUCUCGGGCACGCGCAUCAAGGACAUCUCACCCCUUCUUCGCUGCCGUGAUCGCCUGCGGUCGCUUAGCAUGUACAACCUGAAGAGCUGCGGUGGUGAGGAGGCGGUGCUGUGCCAGCUGCAGCGGCUGCAGCACCUGGAUGUGUCUGACGACCGUGACCACCCGCUCGACUUGCUGCACCCGCUGCGGCACGACGUCUCGUGGCUGCUGCGUGACCCCCGCCGUUUCCCACACCUGGUCUCGCUGGACUUGUCCGGCAAGGACGGACUCACCGUCGAAGCUCUCAGGAAUUUCCUGGAGGCCCACCCAAAGAUGACCUUCCUGGGCCUAGUGCAGACGGAUGCCUGCUUUGACGAUUUCUUCACUCGAGAACUCCCCGCACGUUCUGACCUUGUGAUAACCGGCUGCGCCGAUGAGCGGCAGAUCCUGGAAGCCCUCCGAAGGUACCCCGAUCGGCCGUACUAUGUACAGAAGUCACUCUACUACCUCUACCAGUACACGUUAACUUACUCACAGCCACGGGUCGACGUCAUCAAGCUGAUCCUGCCAGGCAUGGCGGAGCACCCGCGUGUCCUGGCCAUCCAGAUGGCUGCCACAGCCUGCCUCUACAACCUGUCCAAGGGUACUCUGGGGCAGAAGGUCCACCCGCGGUGGCUCCGGCAGAUCGUUGAUCUCACCCUCAGCGCCAUGGAGAACUUCCCCCGGAACCAGCAGCUCCAGAAGAACACGCUGCUCACUUUGUGCAGCGACCGGAUCCUUCAGGAUGUGACGUUUGAUCGGUACCACUGCGCUCGACUUGUGAUGGACUCGCUGCUGGCCUUUGACGACCCAUCCAUGAACCGGAUGUCAGUUGCCAUCUGCUCUAUCCUUGCUGCCAAGAUCUCAACCUCGGAGACAUCAUCCCUGGGUGCCAAGCCGGAGUACAUGGAACGCCUGCUGCGAAUUGUCAAAAGCAAGCUGUACGCUGGCGAAGUGGACAUCAUGAUGAAGUUCACGCUCAGCGCCCUUUGGAACCUGACAGAUGAGUCGCCCAAGACAUGCUCCGUGUUUCUGUCCAAGGGAGGCAUGGAACUUUUCUUGAACGUUCUCGAGCUGUUCCUUGGGGAAAGUGCUGUUGAAACCAAGGUCCUUGGUCUUGUGAACAACAUCGCUGAGGUGCCCAGCUUGCGGAGUGACCUCAUGAAGGACAACCUCAUGCGCAUCUUGCGGAACUUGCUGCACUCGAGCCAGAUAGACGUAAGCUACUUUGCAGCCGGCAUCGUGGCCCACCUGGCAAGCGACGGGCCUGAGCACUGGAAUGUUGAAUGCGUCAGCCUGAAGGAUAUGCUCAAGGAACUAGGUGAAGUGGUUCAAAGCUGGAAGAGUCCAGACACUGAAAUGGUGGCUUACAGGUCGUUCAACCCGUUCUUCCCAUUGCUGCGCUGCUACACUGCGUACGAGGUGCAGCUGUGGGCGGUCUGGGCCAUGCACCAUGUCUGCUCCAAGAACCCCAAGCGCUACUGCACCAUGCUGCGGGAGGAAGGAGGCAUCGACGUGCUCCAAGGCAUGCUGGACAACCCAGACACCAACCCAGCCGUUGCUAGCAUCUGUCAGAACAUAGUGGCCGUUGUGCAGAGCCAAGAGAAGCUUGCGGCAGCUGCAGGGCGCAGGCGGCAGCGGCUGCCAUGACCGCAACCGGAGCCACCACAACGCUACCAGACAUCUUUCAAUGACAGCGGCGCCCGCACUGGGAGUGUCAUCCCACAUCUAGGUCACUUCGUUAAUUUCGCCCCCGUGGCGCCAAGGCGCGCCUGUUUUAUUCAACCUGAGACUGUCGCAGUCUUUUGAACACUGACUGUCUUUUAGACUUUCUGGUGGCAGACGUUCGGUCACUGCGGUUUCUCCAGUGUGUGUCGGUCUGGCGUCUCAUAGCUUCUGUAGCUGUGGUCGUGUGUAUUGUGCAAUCUGGUGAAUGCCAGUCUGGGGGCUGCCGGUCGCCCGAUAACUCAUGCCCGCCAGUAUGGUCAUUGGCAGUUUUGUGCGACCGUGUCCCUAAAGACCAAAAGGGCAGCAACUUCUGGCCCAGUCCUGCUAACUUUGAGUCUCUCGGUCCUCGUGUACUUUCAAUGUAGGUCGAUGCAUUUGUUGGUCAUUGACUUGGCACUCUCACAGUAAUUCUGUAGGCUGAGUUGGGCAUCACGUGAUCAAAUCGGGAAGUCUAGGCACCAUCGAUGGUGUGCCCCGCUUCCGCCGUGAUCAUCAAGAUGGCGGCCGUCAGCCCCUUGACUUCAGGGUCGUGUGACCGUUGCCCUCUUUUGACUGCCAGUCUUUUACUGCUUGGCUUACGAAAGAGUUAUGCCAUGAGCGGCGCAUUCAAAAAGUGAAGUCCUGAAACUCACGCAGUUGUUUUCGGUUCUUGUUCUGUUGUUGUUUUUCCGUGCGAUAAGUAACCGCGUCACAGUGUUCGUAGUGUUCUCCCGCUGAGUGGUCCCAUGCCAUUACUACAUUCCCCAUGAGUGAGUCAUUAGUUCAUUUUUCAGAGCACUUAGCGUGAGGCGGUCAGCGACGGAGAGAGUGAUUGCAGUUUGCUAGUGUAGCCUCGCAAAGUGCGCAUUCGUGGUGGGCACGUACCCGCAGAAACCAGCAUGUGUGUUGUUGUGCCUGACUGUGUGUUUGAAGCCUGGUCGGAGUUGGCCUAAACGAGUGUGCGCGAAGACAUUGUUUCGAGAUGGCCCUUACACCUGAAGUAGAAGCUUGGUCGGGAAGUUGAAAUGUGGCAAUUUGAAAGGGGGGAAAAAAAAAAAGACACGCUGGAAAAGUGAACUUGGACCGACGUGGCACGAGUGGAAACGUUGGCAGCCGUACAGAAUGUUGGGCUAGUUUGUGUAUGGAUCUGUUCUUGUGUAAUGGUGUCCGCAGAAAACCACGAGACGGAAAGGAAGGCGCAGUGAAUACAAGUGCCACUCGCAACUCAUGCUUUAAUCAAAACCCAACAGUAUAUUUACAACACGUGGUCAUCCAAAGGGAUGUUGUCCAUUGAAAAAAGAAAACCUUUCACACAAUGCAAGUGAUGGAUGACUGAUGCAUUUUUUGUUUUCUUUGCGACUGUGCCAUCUCUUGUGCCGUCUGGUCACGAUGCUUGAUUAAAACUUGAGCCUGAUGGAACAUUGGUAAACAGUCACAAAAAGAUAAAAUAUAACUGCAUGAGUGAUCUAUCACUUGCUUUGCACGGAAAAUAAGUUGUUUUUGAAUAGGUAACAUCACUUUGCAUAACCACAUGUUGCUACAUAUCCUGUCCCUUUUUGAUUAAGCUUGAGUUGAGAGUGCUGCUUGCAUUCGCGUAUUCCUUUGCAUCUUGAGUUUUUCUGCGGACCCAUUGCCCAAGAAUAAACAUGUUUAGCACUGUAUUUGCGAGUUCAAAGCAUGCUCCAGAAAUUCAAAGUUUUAGUCAGUGAAAGUUUUAUGUAGUCAACUGGGGCCCCAGCUUAUGUAUGGAUUUUAACUUGUAGUGCAGGUUUAUUGUAACAUACAAUGAUACGCAUUGCUGUGGAGUGGCACCAUGCUUAGAACAGAGAGGUCGUUGCGCUAAGUCAUUCUUAUGGAGAUUUGAAUAUCAUUGUACAUGCGGGUACUUGUGCAGGUUUUAAAUGAGGACUUUCGUUUUGUUUUUAUCGAGAGUGCUAUUCAUUUAUUUCAAUACGCUAAAGGCCCAGAGGGCAUUUCACGAAAAAGGGGGGGGGGGGGUGAAGAGAGAGAGGAAAUAUUAUACAAUCAGAGGACAGAAGUUGUUUGUGAAGGUUACAAAGUAGCAGGGAAAUCAAUAACUACCAAGUUGUAUCUGGCACUGCGCGUCAUAUGAAUGUUAUGAUUCUUUUUUGAAAUACUUGCGUGUGGGUUCAAAAUAUCCCAAAAGUAGUCUCUCUGGUUAUUUUCUUUGCCAGAGUUAGAUUUGUGGGUUUUUUAGAAAAAGACUGAAACAGUUGUCUAUUGUCAAAGAUAGCUUCUAUGUCAGCAGGAUUUUCUCACUGCGCCUCUUUUGACUUGCAAGGUGAACGGCCUUGUAUUUCGUGGUAGCCUGUAAAAUAUUUGGUACAGUGAUAACUUCGUUAUGACGAAGUCACAUCCGACGUGAAAGUGCUAAGCAUACAUUCGUUACAUGCUCAUAUUGACGAGAUGAUGAUGUGGAAAGUGCUGGAGGCUAGAUGCUUCUCAAGCUACCUUUGUUUGCAACCAAAAUAUAAUGCAUAACGUACCGGAAGCUGAAAAUACACAAACAAUACGUGAUUUAAGGUAACAGCAGCUCUAUACAUUUUAGUUGUAAUGUGAAAAAGUUAACCUAAUAGAGGAUCACUAAGAAGCGCAAGAAAUUAUUGAUUCCUAUUAUAAAGCUUUCUACUAAAAUUACUGAAGAAAAAUUUCACGCUGCAGUCACUUUAGCCACUGUGGGAGUGAUGGGGACUAGAAGGAUGUUUUACGAUUCAGCUCAGCUCCGUUGAGAGAGCAAGCCGCAGCCAUUUCCUUUAUUGUUCUUUGUUGUUCAGCUGUUUUGGGCGUUAGUCACCCAACAGUUCUUUAGAGCAGCGAAGUAAUUUACCUUGACAACUAUUUCAUUCUGUGGUGUAGUUUUGACUGCAUAAAUAGGUCUCGACACUUCUGAUUGUGUCAGUAGGUCCGGAUGAUUUUUGGGCAGUGACAGUGGUUUAGUUGUAAAGCUCUGAAAACAGUACCAUGGUAGAAGUUAGCGGGUAAAUGAAGCUAAUCAUUGCCAUAUAGAAAAUUUUAGCUGACAAUACAAGAUACCAGAAGGUUGUUGGAAGCCAAAGAGACAAAGGUUUAGACAAAUCCAUGUACAGUUGAACCUAGAUAUAACAAACACAGAUGUAACAAGGUGAAUCUGAAGUUUAUCGCGCUUGUGUCGACAUAUAACGAACACAUGGUUAUAAUGAAUAUUGGAUAUAAAGAAUUUUUUAUUGUGUUGGAUGCAGCUACAUUAUAACGACGUUUCACUGUACGUACUGCCACUCAUUACCACGCUGAAUGAAGUGCUGUAACAUCGCCAUGUGCGUACAGUAGCGGCAGAUUUGCCUCUUGUAAUUUUAGUACGAAACCCUACGAUUUCUGCGGCUACUACUUGCCACAGAUUUCUGUGAUAGUAGCUUCUACAGCAUUACCUGCAAAUUCGAACCACAUGUAAAGUUCUGACCGAGUUAGGCCAACACUUCAGUUGUUAUAGUAAUCAUCGGGGCUCUCAUAUCAAGCUGUAAACCAAUUUGCGGUCGUACGCGUCUGGUCAGCUCUGGCACGCAAUAUCUAAUCGUCAUCUUGCAAUGCACUGAACACAACCGACAACCGUGAAAGGACACAUCAGGCAAGGACUGCAUUGUCUCCUUCUAAGUUGUCAGUUGUACUUGGUACAUUACAAGAUCAGCAGACACGAACUAGCUCAAUUUCCUGUUAUCUAAUGUUUGUAAGGAACUGUCAAGGCAACACACAUGCUUACAAAAUCACUGAAUGUUUUAAGCCAAGGCUACGUUACGUUGUAGCGACCUUGUGGGUUCCUAGUGCAUGUAACAAGGCAGACAUUGUCUGUGGCUGAAUGACUUUGGUUAGGUUCUGCAUAAUGAGCUUAGAACAUCCAGGAAAAAUGUAAUAGGGAGAGCAAAAGCAGCAUUAGUAGUUUGCCGCUUAUCUAUGAAAGAGCGGCUGAACAAACGUUUUUAGAAAUGUUACCUGUGCUAAACUUGGGGAGCUCUUUUCAGAAGUAUAGUCCAUGCUUUUGAGCGGUGUAAAGGAAAAAAGAAUGCUUUUCAGCAGAGUUCCCAGCUUGCUGCCAUGUAUGGGCUUCAAGACUGAAAUUAGCCGAGAUAGAAUGAAAUGGCUAUGUUUUAGUUAAUAAUUAACUGCUACAUCCACACUUGUGUGGACGUUUAAACGAGCGUUGUAUUGAAAACGUGCCAACUUUUCGCUUCGAGUUCCGCGGUGCACAUCGUGGUGUCUGGGCUCUUCUCUGCGGCAUCACUGUUCAAAGACAACCGUCGUAAAAAAAGAGUUACCAUAAUGUGUUUUACGGUAAUUUAAGAAUGCUAUUAACAGGAUUGCAAAGCGAAUGAUUUUGUUAACCAGUUUUGUUUGAGGGGCAGGGAAGGAAGGCAAGAUGCGUUUCUAAGGUAGCCAACAUCCGCAAGUUGUUGUAGGUGUCCCGUCUUAAUGUGAUGCCUAUGUUCAAACGAAACUCUGCUGUUAAGGUGGGCCAUAUGUUGCCCACAUUUAAGUAAGUUUAAUUUUAAGCUGAAUGGACUUACGUAUCAGUUGUUUUAUUGUUGAAAGCUGCGGCUUCUCCAGAGGCACAGAUGUAACGAUUGGGAAGCACAUUUUAAAUUGCACCCAUGCUUGGUGUCUAAACCAAUUUGGGAUAGAUAAUUACUGAAAAGGAUGGGAUGUUGGGGUCAACUAGUUAGAUGUACGCUGUGUAGUCUGGAGCCAAUUAUGAGGUUUCAUAAUAUGGUUUCAUAUUGUUGGUUUAAUUUACUGGAGCAAUGCGCAAAACUCUGCGACUGACUGUAGUCCAUGAUGAUGUAAUGCGGAUAGCUUGCUGGGCGUCUUGUUAAGUGUUUAGCGGCUUUCAUCAUUAAUUAGUACAAGGUUUUUUGUGUAUAGCCGUCCUUGUGUCCCCUCUAACAUCUCUGGAGACAAUCACUUGACCCUCGUAUUUUUGAAAUUGUGAAUCUUCACUGUUGGCACUGGUAACUGGUAUGCUUAAUGACAGGUUAGGUUUCCAUAAUUACACAGUGUUAAGUUGGAAUUUGUGGCUGUUUGGCGCUUAGGACAACGGUUCUAAUGGCCAAUGUGAUUGGCUAUUUGUUGACUAAUGCAGUUAGUGAGCUCGAGCAAGGAUUUGUUACUGAAAGUUUGUUGGAAGCUUGGUGGCAGGUUUGUAUUUGAAUGGCGAAUGGCGUGUGUACGCAAAUAGAUCAAAGUACAUAGGGCUGUGUUUUGUGGAUUUAUCCCCUAGAAGCUAAUGCUCACUGCCUGUGGGGUGCACAGUGCAGGAUACCAUUGAGUUGUGAGAAAAUUAUGUAUAACAAAUUGAAUUGUGAACUAAUCAGUGCAUCUGUUGGCAUAAAAAGACUGACUGGUGUCUUGAUACAAAAUUUGAGCGCUUAUUGUAUCAUGUCUAUUGUCCCUACAAGCUGUAAAAGAGUUUUGAAAUAGUUAAAGGAUUUAAAGUUUUGGAACGCUGUUGCUGGCCAUCGCAACAAAAGAAAGUAGUAGACAAAAAAUGCGCAUUCCAUAGGUCAUUAUUGAAAAAAGUAUCAACUGAUAGCUUUUCGAACUUAGAUAACAACUUUUGUAGAAAAACUGCAACAUAUCUUUUUGUUCACUUCUGUAUCUACAUUGCAGCCUGUAGCUGGUUACUCUUGUGAGAGAGCAGUAAGAAUAUAAACCUUGUGUGUCUAGUAGACCUCUUUGGAACGUAGCAUGUGCCUUUAACCGCCACCGAAAUUCGUUCUGGGAAUCUUGGGGGACAGUGAUUCGUCAUUUGCUUCCCUUGCAGCCGCCAUGCGUGGAGUACAAGAAGUUUGACUGUUGUGCGGGUUACUUUGUUGUUUUCCCCUUGCAAAAAGAAAGCCAUUCAAGAAGUGCGAUAAGUGCUGCUCGAGGUCAGUGCCCGAUUGCUACACCACUAUGAAAGCAGGCUUGAGCCCCAACAUGCUGCUGUGUUGCCACUGCUGUAAUCUAGGACAAGCACUGCACUUGUGUCUGCUCUGCUCGGCAGGAAGUUGUAUCACACAACUAGUUGCAUCUUUGUAUGUGAGUACAGCAUGAGACUCGUUCGAGCUUGCCUGGUUACUGAUAGUUAAGCACAACUGCACAUAGUGGCGAUGCAGGCACUAUAAUGUCAAAGCAAAAUUAUAUUUUGCAUGUGUACUAUCGCUGUACCCUUUUACGACGGAAACUACAUUGCCUGUGCUUGAAUACCGUUUUAACACAAGGGCACGUGCAGAGCUGCCCGUUGACACAGUUUAAUAUCACGGUUGAGCAACACCUGUAGUCUGACUUGUGGCUUUUUGGCUGCAUUAGGCUGGACAUUGACAUUGCAUACAGCCAGUUGCGAGCAAGUUAAUGCCCCACGUGGUACGAGCAGCACUCGGCGGCAUAACUGUAUUGCAAAAAUUGAGCCACCCUUUCUUAAGUCCAGACUUGCCCACCAGUGCAUAUAGUAAGUAUUGCAUGUACUGUAAGCCUGACCUGUACGAAGAGGCUUGGUAUUGAUUUGACGUGGCAUCCAAACCGAAGAGUACCGAGAGUGCUCGCACAUUCUUGUUGCGAUUUUCAAGUGUGACACCCAUCACAGCACGGCUUGAUCUUAUCACUUGUGCUGUAGGCUUCAUUGUCACCGUCGUGUCACGGUUGGCGGCUGCAGGUACGCUGGUUCAGAAAGCAGCCUUUGUUGGGAUGCUGGAACUGCUGCCUAACUCUCAUCAGAACAAAAAAAAUUGCAGUGAGCCAGUCCUCAUAGUGUUUGUGGGCACCACAGCUGGCAUUGCCUUUUCCACAAAGGUCUACUGUGUGGCACAAGCCUCAGCAGCACAUGCUAGUAGUGGUUACUUUGCAAAUUCUUAUGAAUAUCACGAGUAAUUUGUUAGUCCAGUGGUCAUGCUGUGCAUUGUGUGUGUGCUGCUCAUGUAUGGAUAGCUGGUUAAACGGCCUGCGGCCACAUCUUUCCUUAUGUAGCCUUACAUGGCUUACUUGCUGGUUAUGUCGCUCUUAAAAACGAGCUGUUAGUGAGAUCAGUUAUGGCCAUUGUUCGUGGUGUGUUUUGCUGGCACACUGUACGUUAGGAUGCUUCACCGAGCCAGCACAGUAGUACAUUUGCUGGUUUCACGGUGUCUCGCCCGAUGAUGCACAUUGCAGAUAAAUGUCCGAGCUCCAGUCAUGGUGCAGGUUGCCAGACAGAGUUACAAUAAUGUGGAGUUUCAGUGUAGCUUCUUCUGUUUACAGCAUGACAAGCGAGGACUGGCAGUUGGUGCGUGUAGCCUGUUGUGCUUGAAAUGUGUUCUUUGAGUUUACCUCAUGUUGUAAUUAUGCUCAAAACCUGGUUCAUGAAAAAGUGUUCAGCUUGUGCGCUUGUACAGCAGGUCUUGUUCGACUGUCCUUUUGUUGUGUUAUGCGCCAAGACCGGCUUUAAAAGCCUGAAUUUCGCUCUGGGUUGACGGCACCAUUUGGACUGGUCUUGUUGUUAUUGGCUGUCAUGCUAUUUGCCCUGUGACAUUUAGGGUUCACGUUCAAGUGUAUUUAUUCGCUCACUGCUUUUAGUAAUGCAGUCAUUACAUCAUGAUUCUUUCAGAGUGUUGUGUUGUUGCCUCCGAAUUUUCUGCUGCUGACUGUUGUUACUGGUUAGGUGAGCUCCAACGGACAGGCAGAUUCUCGUUUGACUCUUUCGCAGCCGACGUAUCCCUUUCAGCUGCCACUUGCCAAGGAGUACUUCAGUUUUUAGUCCUAGCGAGUGUGCGGCAACCAUUGCAGACUUGAGUGUGCUUGACGUCCUGAUGUGUCCCUAGCGUGAGCAGUGUUUGUAAAGGGCAUGAGCAUUUGAUGCCUGUUUCAAUUAAUUUACUUGUCAUCUAAUUGUUGCAACCCAAGUGGAGAUAUAACUGACUCAUUUUUAAAUGCAAGUGAUAGUGCUGAAAAGAUGGGAUGAGAAAGAAGAGAGACACAUAAGCUCUUGUGUCUGACUCCUUUAUCACAUCUUGUUUUUAGCGCUGUUAUCCUGUGUAAAGUUGAAUCCCAACCAAUUAGCCCAAUUUGCUGCAUUGAAAAUAACUGGCCACUUUAGCUGGAUUAUUAUUGGCCAUUUAUCAGCCAACGGCUGUUGGCCCGUGCUGCUUCCUAAUGGUUUGGCUGCUUACAAAGUUCAGAUAGACUAUUGAAUGACAAGUUAAUCAUUCUCUUCCACUGAACAGGCUUGAUGUACCUUAAAAAGUGUUGUGCAAUUUUGGGAAUCACAGGAGCUGUGUAAGCUUAAGAGACUUUCUGCAUGUGCUGUGGGCUGUCUGGCCAUUGUUAGAAACUUGUCAAUUUGUUUGACAUUAUGCUGCUGACCCAAUACCGUGCCACGCGAAGUACAGGAGUUUCACCACGGCAUAUAGCGUCUGUGCCUCGCUGGUGCAAAUUUGUCAUCGUGCACCGUAAGCGGCAGGUGAUUUGAUAAACAGAAAAAUGUAAUAAACAGCACUGUGUGCAGCGGAGAUCUGAACUACAUUGUCGGAUCACUGUCAAGAUCUGAACUUGCUCACAGUUUUAUGUGAACUGCUUGUAGUUUUGUCAUAGCUGAAUGUUCUACCUGUCAUUAUUAAUUGUUUAGAGUUGAUAAAGGGUGGUUUGAUGUGUUUAUUCAUGUACAGCUAAAGACGAUAAUCCCCUUAAAUAUGAGGGGAAAGUUCCCUCAAGCAGGUUUCUUUGUCUAGGGACACUACAUAGGAAACAUGUUAACAUUAACCACCUUUCAUCUCUUUUUUGAGCAUGGUACUGGCUUAUAAAAAAAAAUCCUGAUCCUAGCGUACCAUUCAGCAACACAGCCCUAUAUAUUGUAGUAUAAUAGCAAACUGCAUUAAUUUCACUUCCAACAGGAGGAAGGGUGGCAAAUACAUAGAUGUUGAUAUUAAGAUGACAGUUGCAGUGAGCUUUUGUUAAUUCAGCCAUUCUUCAAUCACUCCGUAUUAAUUAAAUUCUGGGAGAUGCCUAUGUUUUUUCACACCUCCUUUAAAUGAAACUUCAUACAAUUCAGCCAAAUCUUCAAUAUCUUGCCGAGGUCUAACCAAUGGAAAAUGGCUGUAUCGAAAUUGGAUGCUGUCGUGUUUGUGGCGACUAUCAAGCAGUGAUGUCACAUUUGAUACACUGAAGGCUCUGUUUAAGUUGACAGGUUUAAUUUUAAUGUCUGGUACAUUUCUAAGAGUUCUGCGACAUGCUCCGCAGUUAAACCACCUUUCUGUCAUUCUAACAAAAGAUAAGCUAAGUUGAAGUUGAGGAUAUGUAUCCUCCAAGCAUCUCAGCUACCUGUUAGUAGUGCUACUCACAUGCAGAAAUCUUGCCCCCAGUGUUUCGGUGACAGUGCAAUGCUCGUGCAGUCAUUUCAUUGCUGAAACGGCCAGAAAGCUGGCGAGAGGUCAGCGUAGCGAGCAAAGAGUGUUGAAAUUCCCCACUUCUUGAGUAUGGUGAGAGAGUGUGCGGAAAAGGUGGCAUUCCAUAUUUUGCACUGCAUCACGUCACAGAUCACCGGUUCGCCUAAACACCUUUUGUAUGUGCUAAAUAUAAAUGUUAACUGAUUCCCCUGGGUAUGUUUAAAAGUUGUUGCUGUGUGGUUAAUACAAUGAUAUUUGCAGUUUAGUUAGCACACACUGCAGAACUUCCUGACAGCACAGUAAGCACAGUUGCACGUGGCAGACAGCCACAGGUGUAUGCCACUUGGGUUGCGACAGAUGACACUUUUGACGUGCUUUUGGGAUGCGACUGCUUUGGUCAAGUGCUCACGUGUGGUUUGCUGGCAGCCAGGUUCCUCCUGCAUCAACAAUUGCCGCAAUGUUCGUGGCUGUUACCAAAAUGACAAAACCUUCACUGCGAGUGAAAAAAACGAAUAUUUUGUCGUUCGUGUGGCCGAGUUGUAACAAUGUUGCACUGGUCCGCAUGGCCGGGAGGCGAAACGAACGUGCCAGAGUAGUGGGCAUGAAAACGCCGGUGUUCUUUCCUUCUGUCUCACCCUCGAUGUGUUUGUUAUAUCGAAUGACUGCGAUUGGUGAAGUUUGUGCUGUUGUGAAAAAAAAAACCAUUGUGAUAACCCUCAGUCGAUUGUUGGCGACUGUUUGUUUCUUUUUUCCCCUUUGUUGUUUCUUUUGCUUUGUGACAUAGCAGGUGAUGCAGAGUCUGUUGCUGUUGUUUGAAGAGACUUCUAUAUAUAUAUAUAUAAUAUAAAUCUAUAUGUAUACAUA